UUUUUCCCCCCGGCCGCUCGCAGUUGGGAACUCGUCCCGCCGGAGCCAGGGACUCGCGAGCGCGGCGUGUAGGAAGGAGAAGGCGCGGCCCCCAGCGUGCGUGCCGCACGGCCGGCCGUGCUCGGUCGCCGGGGAAAGGCUAGGCUGAGCGAGGAGGAGCAGGCCUGAACCUUCUAGGGCCUCGGGCCGGGACCCGAGGAGGAUGAGCUGGCUCUUUCCCCUGGCCAAGAGCGCGUCCUCCUCCGCCGCCGGGUCCCCCGCCGGCCUCACCAGUCUCCAGCAGCAGAAGCAGCGGCUGAUCGAGUCGCUCCGGAACUCCCAUGCCAGUAUAGCUGAAAUACAAAAAGAUGUAGAAUACAGAUUGCCAUUCACAGUAAACAACCUGACAAUUAACAUUAAUAUAUUACUUCCGCCACAAUUUCCUCAGGAAAAACCAGUGAUUAGUGUUUAUCCACCAAUAAGACAUCACUUAAUGGAUAAUCAAGGACUAUAUGUCACCUCUCCAUUAGUAAACAAUUUUACCAUGCACUCAGAUCUUGGAAAAAUUAUUCAAAGUCUUUUGGAUGAGUUCUGGAAGAAUCCUCCAGUUUUAGCUCCUACUUCAACAGCAUUUCCGUACCUAUACAGUAAUCCAGGUGGGAUGCCUCCUUACCCUUCUCAAGGUUUUCCAUUUCUUCCUCCGUAUCCUCCACAAGAAGCUAACAGGAAUAUCACAUCUUUGUCUGUAGCUGACACUGUUUCUUCUUCAACCACAAGUUACACCGCAGCCAAGCCAGUGGCUCCUUCAUUUGGCAUCCUUUCCAGUCUGCCGCUACCUGUUCCCACGGCAGACUCUUCAGCACAGAUUAACCAAAAUGGUUUUGGUUAUAAGAUGCCGGAUAUCCCUGAUGCAUUUCCAGAACUUUCAGAACUAAGUGUCUCGCAGCUCACAGACAUGAAUGAACAAGAGGAGGUGUUACUAGAACAGUUCCUGAUGUUGCCUCAACUAAAGCAAAUUAUUACUGACAAGGAAGACCUAGUAAAAAGUAUCGAGGAAUUAGCAAGAAAUAAUCUCCUUUUGGAGCAUACCUUGGAAACCAAAAGGCAAACUGUUUUAGAUAAGUAUGAAUUACUUAUCCAAAUGAAAUCUACCUUUGAAAAGAAGAUGCAAAGACAGCAUGAACUCAGUGAGAGUUGUAGUGCAAGUGCCCUACAGGCAAGAUUGAAAGUAGCUGCACAUGAAGCUGAGGAAGAGUCCGAUAAUAUUGCUGAAGAGUUCUUGGAGGGAAAAACUGAAAUAGAUGAUUUUCUCAGUAGCUUCAAGGAAAAGAGAACAAUUUGCCACUGUAGAAGAGCUAAAGAAGAGAAGCUACACCAGGUGAUUGCAAUGCACAGCCAAUUUCAUGCUCCUCUAUAGAUUUUCCUGAAAACAUGAAUCAAGAAAGAAAUGGGACACAAAACUAAGCACAUUGUUUUAUAUUUAUGACUUAUGAAUUGGCAUUUCAUGACCAUGGCUGAAAUCCAGAUGCACUCUAUAGAUUGUAUACACGACUGAGACGAUUUUGUAUAGAUUAGAAUGAUUGCUAUAUUUGUUUCGAGCAAUUUUUCUGCACUGUUUGCACUAAAAAUGUUUAUUGUUGACAAAUCCUGUAUUUAAGUUCCUCUGCUAUUCCUGAUUAAACACCUAUGCAUGUAAUUCUA